CUACACCAGCCUCCUCUACACCAGCCUCCUCUACACCCGCCUCCUCUACACCCGCCUCCUCUACACCCGCCUCCUCUACACCAGCGUGUAUACUAACCAACCAACUAGCGUGAAGUAGAGUGUUUAUUGACGAGUCAAAAAGUAAACUUGGAAAACGCCGCGUCGAAAAGUCAAGUGAUGGUGACUACUCAGAUUAGAUCAAUUGUGAUUAACUUUUGUCAAUAAAGAUGUUAAUGAUGAUAAGUGAUGGUGAUAAUGGAAGUGUUUUCAUUCAUCUUGAAAACACUUUGCGUGUGUUGUGAUAUCCGAGGCAAGGUGAACCGCAUCAGUGUUGAACAGCUUCCACAGAACAGCUUGGAUAAAGUCCGGGGCUUCUUUGUCCUCUACAAGAUGUGUCGUGACGCCUGUAUCAUGAUACCCGCUGUGGGAUGUUGAACACCCGCUGUGGGAUGCUGAACACCCGCUAUGGGAUGCUGAACACCCACUUUGGGAUGCUGGACCCUCACUACGGGAUGCUGAACACCCACUGUGGCCUGCCCAACAUGUCUCUAACUGCUGUUGAACACCCACUGUGAGAUGAUGAACAGCUACUACGGGAUAUUGAACACCCACUGUGCUGAAUGUCUCCCAUGGGUUGUUGAACAGCCAUUCUUGGACGCUGUUGUCAGCUAGGUCCAGGCUUCCACCACACGAGUAUACCAGAGGUGCUGGACGUCCACACGAGUAUACCAGAGGUGCUGGACGUCCACACGAGUAUACCAGAGGUGCUGGACGUCCACACGAGUAUACCAGAGGUGCUGGACGUCCACACGAGUAUACCAGAGGUGCUGGACGUCCACACCAGUAUACCAAAGGUGCUGGACGUCCACACGAGUAUACCAGAGGUGCUGGACGUCCACACGAGUAUACCAGAGGUGCUGGACGUCCACACGAGUAUACCAGAGGUGCUGGACGUUCACACGAGUAUACCAGAGGUGCUGGACGUCCACACCAGUAUACCAGAGGUGCUGGACGUCCACACGAGUAUACCAGAGGUGCUGGACGUCCACACGAGUAUACCAGAGGUGCUGGACGUUCACACCAGUAUACCAGAGGAGUGUUGCGUCACCACUAACGGUGUUCACCCACACAUGAAGGUUAAGGUCAUGGUGCUUCACGCUCCUCUUUGCAACUCACAAAAUUGGCAACUUUUUAUAUUUUCUACAAAAUGCAAUCAGAAAAAGUCUUCAUUUACCCUUCACAGAGCUCACAGAGACACAGCAACAACACCCACAGCAAGAGCAGUAUACCUACAAGCUGUUCUCUCAAAUACUCCACUGCAUUUUGGUAUACUAUGAUCCCCACCGGACAUAAUAAGGGGUACUAUAAAAAAAAUUGUGGCGGGUAAAUAUCCUCGUUUUCUGUGCAUUGGUUGAUGUACUCACCUAGUUGUGUUUGCAGGGGUUGAGCUCUGGCUCUUUGGUCCCGCCUCUCAACUGGAACCAACCUGAUGUGUUGGGUUCCCACGCUUUUGUAUCCCGCACUUUGUCCCAUGUGCCAAUUCGAAAGAACGGGCAGCAACAGCAUUGCUAUUAAGGCAUUCAAAUGGUUUUUCUUAACAUAAUGCAUAUUUUGGGGGCGAAGCCUGCCAAAAAAUAAUAAUGUAACUAGAUCUUGUUCCAUUAAAGGUACUUAACAUAAUAUUUAUUGGGUAAAGCUUUCCAUGGUUAGCCUUGUGAAGUUUCUGUUAUAUAUCUAGAUACUGUAGUGGAGACGCCAGUUGAACUUCCUUGUGCUGGUGGGCCUCAAUGUUAACUGGGAUGUUAACUAACAAUGUUAGUUAACUAACAGUUAGUUAACUAACAAAGUUAGUUUUAACAAUGUUAACUAGCUUUAACUAAUCAAAGUUAACUAACAAUGUUAACUCAGUCCCUAAAAAAAACAUCAAUUUGUCGUGGUGACAGUAAACUGGUUCACAGAGGUUUUAUAAUUAUUAUUAUUAUUAUUAUUUUCUACCACAGACGUGGCCAGACAUUUACAAUGCUAACCAACAUAUAUACAUUUUCUUCUGUCCUCCAUGGACAGGAGUGAGAGAUCUGUUUCACGGAGGUGAUGGAACCAAGUCGUCUUGGUUCAGAGAGGUGACCGUGCCACUAGAACAGGUCACUCGUGUGUGUGUGUGUGUAAAGUAGGUCAUUCACACCGAGGAAACAUGGACUCGGGUGAGCUUAAAGUUGUAAUUAUUCUAUGGAGACGAAAAUCGUUGUGUGGUGACUGAGGGAGUCUUAGUGUUAAUGUUUAUGUCGUGUUCUCCGUCAGGUUGUCGGCGUCACCCUCACCAUGAAGCUCUCACUCUCCACGACGCCCCUUAUGGUGCUCUCAGCGGCUCUCCUCGUCACCGCCACUCUGGCCGUCGACGUUGGCCUCCGAAGAGAAAGUCGCUCCGUCCGCAAUUGUCUCCGGAUCUUCUGCGACCACAACGAGACGUGCUAUGACUGCGCCAAGGACACCUUCUCAGAGGACAAGGAAGCCAUCAGGACCUGUAUCAGAGCAGCGGAGAAGGUGUGUGAUCGCAUGCCGUCCGCCGAGCUGGCGGUAGUGAGGCAGUGUGUGGAGCAGGCCAGUGCUAAUAUCUCAACCUGCUUCGCCGGAGUUGCUUCAAGAGGGUCGUGUCCUGCAGGCCUCGGCAGCCCGACCCCCACACAGCCUACUGCGGCGCUGCUGAAUGACACUGCCCAGACUGACGAAGCUGUUACUGAAAAAGACGAAGCUGCUGCUGGGACCCAGGGAGCGGCUGUUGGGAGCCAGGGAGCUGCUGUUGGGACCCAGGGAGCUGCUGUUGGGACCCAGGAAGCUGCUAUUGGGACCCAGGGAGCGGCUGCUGGGAGCCAGGGAACGACUGUUGAAACCCCGGGAACGACUGUUGGAACCCCGGGAACGACUGUUGGAACCCCGGGAACGACUGUUGGAACCCAGGGAGCGGCUGUUGGGACCCAGGGAGCAGCUGUUGGGACCCAGGGAACAGCUGUUGGGACCCAGGGAACAGCUGUUGGGACCCAGGGAGCAGCUGCUAGGAUUAAUGAAAGACUGGCUACUUGGACCCCCGAAGUAGCUAUUGGUACGCAAGAAAAAGACCCCGCGGCUGUUAUAGCAGCAGCAAUUGCUGAGGCGAACAGGAGAACCAACGGGGCGGCGGCUGGGACAAGCUACUUCUAAACAAAGGAAACACGAAGAAAACAAUAACUAACUAGCACUUCCUGCCGUAAAGUGUCAAGUUUAGACUUGGUCUUUUACUGUCGCGUUACUUCCAAGACCCACUCUCACCCUCCACUCUCAUAGUGUCUUCACCACCACCACAGGGAACCACGGCCCGGUACCCUAUGAUCCCAGAGGGGAGUGGGGAACCCUCCACAAGCCCAUACAGGCUCA